UGCCUUCGGCGCUUCUAUGGCAGCUCGAAUAGCACCUCAUCAACCAAGGUCAUGCAGCAUCUGGUCAAUAUCCCUCCUAUGAAACUCAGAGUGGCUGUUCUUCAAGCGAAAUUUCUCAAGCGAAGUCAUUGGUUACCUGAUGAUGCUUUAUUAUCCAAGCUCGUCCAGCGACUUUCGGUCGUCUCUACAAGCCGAUACCGUCACCUGCAACACACCACAUUGUGGCAACGUCUCCCUGCUACAGAGGCGCCAUUUGACAAGAAAGCCUUAUCACAUGCUAUUCACAACCUGUAUACUACCGAUUUUGAAUCUACUCUUCUUGGCCCACGCGCUAAAUUGCUCUCUGCUUGUCGUCCUACACUGGGUGUCGAACCAAUCGUUUGGCUCCCGAUGCAAUACCACCAUUGA